AUGACUAAUAUCACCAAUCCAACAAUAUAAUCUAUUAAAUAUUACAUUAAGUCAGGGUAGCAACGAUAUGUUCAUUAAGAUGAAGAGAUGUCCCUAUCAAAUUUUCAUCAAAUUCAUUAUUUAAUGAUCUAAUAAUUCAUUUAACAUACCUUUUCUAUAUUCAAAAUCUAUAGGAUUAUAUAUUAAUUUAUGCUAAAAACUCCUUUAAGGGAGAGAAAAAGCUUAUUUGAUAACUUACUUCAAAGAAGAAGGUUAAGCACAAAAUAGAAGUCGAGGCGUCUUAAUGGAAUAUAUCUCGAAGGAAUUAGAGCCCCCUUAGAUUCGAGAAUUCAAAAAUCACAACAAUAAUUCCUCAAACUAAAAUAAUAUCAUAAAAAUAACCUGCUAUUUAUAAUUUACAAUUCACAAUGA